AGUACUGCAUGCGGUUGACGAAAUUUAAUGUCACGAUUCUUAAAAUUUUACAAAUGUAAUGCUUCUUGUUGAUCUUAAAUGUUACGGUCCAUUAUGGUAUGAAGGGUCAAGUUAACGUGAGGUUGUCGAUGGUACAUAGGGGUUGCCAACAUUGGUGUUUAGAUAAUUCUUGUAUGUUAUUUUCUGUAUGUCGUCGUAGUUAUUUUUCUUACGCAAAAUACUUUAAAUUGUACAGGAAUGUAUGUUGUGAAGUACUGUUUAAAGGUAAUUUUUUAUAAGAGACGAAAUUAAAUCACAUUCCAAAGAUGAGUACGUGGGUGAGAACCAUUAUGACUAUUGCUAUCUGAGGGAUAUAGGUUAUGGUAGAACAUGAUAUCUGGUACCGACUGUCGGAUAUUGAAAGGAUAACUAUAUCUUAUCGUAAAUCGUACUUUUACCUGUGGUGUUGAGUUAUUCAUAUCGAAGGCAACAGUUUGAAGGUAACAAGAUGGAAGUAAUAUUUCUUCAAGUUAUUUGCCUUGUUGUCCUCUUCAUAGCAAUGACAUUCUGUAGUAUUAUACCAGUUCUUUUAGUGUGGAAGAAAAAUAAUGUUCACAUAAAUGAACGAAUGAGCACAUGGAUCUCUUUUGGCAAUUGCAUAGCAGGUGGUGUUUUUCUGGGAAUGUGUUUCCUAGGACUCUUUCCGUAUGUUCACGAAAAGUUCACAGAAGUGCUGAAUAAUGCAAAAAUUACAACAUCAUUCCCACUGUCAGAAUUUGUUAUUAUAAUUGGAUUCUUUUUUAUAUUUACUGUAGAGCAUUUGAUUAUCAACACUCAUUAUAAGAUAGAAAAACAGACUGUUCCAAGUGAAGAUGCAGUUUGCAUAUCUCAUGCCGGAAUCAGUGGAGAUUCAAGACAAAUGGGUGAUGAUGAAUCAUAUGUGCGACUUCUGGAAUUGGAUGGCCAAGACCAAGACCUGUGUGAAGAUAAUGAAAUAUCAGUAUCAAAACCUUCACUGUCACCCCAUAACUUUCACUGUGGGCCAAGCAAAACACAAAUCAUGCAACCUAUAGAUAUGAUUCGCCAUUCCCAUUGUGAUAUAUCAUUUGCUGCCAGCAAAGCAACAGGUCUUCGUCAUUUAAUAUUAUUACUGGCUCUGAGCAUUCAUUCUCUGUUUGAAGGUGUGACACUAGGACUUCAAACAAAUCAAGUCAAGGUGUUCCACCUCUUUUUAGCUGUGUUGCUUCAUGAAAUGUUAGUUGCUCUUGCAUUAGGAGCUAAUAUAGCCAAACUGAACCUGGGUCUGCUGGGUAGUUUGAAGUACAUCUUGAUUGUGACCAGCAGUAUACCAGUGGGAAUAUUACUGGGACUCCUGAUUAGAACAGCUCCAGGCUUGCUAGGAGCCUGUGUUUCUGCAGUUCUUCAGGGAAUUGCUGCUGGAAUAUUUAUUCAUGUUACUUUUAUGGAAAUUAUUCCAGAAGAAUUAUCUGGAGGAAAGUGUUGCCUCUUGAAAAUAAUGUUUUUCUUCAUUGGUUUUAUGGUAAUGGCUGUUGUAAAUUUUGCUUUAGAUCACUGAAAGUGAUAUUUCAUGUUAAGUUUGAUUAUAAUAUCAGGAGCUUUUUGAUUAAGUUUCCUUGAAUUUAUGAGCUGUGUCUUGGUGCAGCUUUCUAGAAGCUCCAUCACAAGGGAAAGGUGAUAACAUUUCUCCCUGAUAUGAAUCAGGAUUAGUUUUCAGAAGUCCAUAUAGUGGAAUGGAAUUUUACUGUUUCGAAGACAGAGAGCACUUCUCAAACAUCAGAUGUCUAUUCCUCUUUGACCAGAGAAAACUUCAUUAUUUGAGUUAGAUGUUACGCACAAGUAUGUACAUGUUCAUCUAAGACACUGCUUCCCAAACCUUUUCCUUCAUUACCCAAAACCGCUUAUCAGAAAGCCCUUUUUACCCAAUGUAAGUAAAUGAUAUUAUUUUAAAUAAACUAAAAAUAAUAUAAUGAAGAUUACCUUUUCCAGUUGUGUAUGGUACGAUUUAUAAACACAGCCAGCGCGAUACAUACCUCACACCGCCAUAGCUAGCAACACACUGCACCUAAAGUUUAGACUAGACAAAUAGACUCACUGACUUUAGUUUAGGGGGGGGGUUUACAUGUAGACGUAUUUUUUCAAUUCUCCACGUGCAUGCGAGCGCGGCAAUAAUUAUUGAAUCUAAUAACAAGCGUAUGGCAUAUUUAUUAAAUAGCAAAUAAAUACUUGUUAGACUGUUUUAGAGUAUCGGUGCACAAUGACUGAUCCCUUUCUUCAGAGUACUACUUCUACAGUUUUACAGUAAAUUUUAAUGUGUAUUCCGAGGUGUGUCGUUACCCAAAGAAAAACCACUUUUACCCCUUUUUGGGUAAUUUACCCAGGUUUGGGAAGCACUGAUCUAAGAAGUUUACACAGUUGAUUUUUCUUAGUUUUAGGUUGAUGGACGUUUGUGCUGACACACACACCAAUGGUGUUUUCCACUUGGGAUCUCAAAUUUGGCCACUGCGCACACAUGUUUAUGUGUGUGUGUAUACAUGUAUUUAUGUAUAUAUGUUGAAGUCACUCAUGUUUUUUUGUGAUAUCAGUUUGUGGAUGUAACAUGGAAUUUGGAAAAAUGCAGAUUGCAGUUAAUAGCCAUUGUGAAGUUCAUUGCUGUUUGUGUCUCACAUAAUUGUGACAUGUCAUAUUUGAAAAGUCAAUUAUUUUGCAGUAUUUUGAAAUUAUUGAAAGUGGCAAAUUUUCUUCCAUGUGUAAUAUCAUUUUCCAUUGAUAUUUAUAUUGUAAGAGAUGUUACAGUUAAUUUGUAAUGUUUACCUUAUUAAGUAAGACCACAAUGUGGUUUGACUAUUCCUGAUUUUGAAAAGUAUAUUUCUAGUGUUCAGCACUCCUCCAGUGCCAUAGCACUCCAGUAGAUUUUCUUCUCAGUUAGAAUUUGUGUUAAUGUUCCUACCAUAUGCUCUAUUAAAAUGAACCAAAGAACUUAAAAAUUAACUGUUCUUUACAAGGACAAAACAUAAAAUGUUGGUGUUUAUGAACAUUACUGUUAAUAAUUCUGAUUAAAUUUCACCAGCUUAUAGUGCAGAUUAUAAACAAUGCUUCAUAUAAACUUACCAAAUGUCUCCAGGAAUAACUGAAACAUUCAGUAGUCCCCAACCUGACACGUGCAAAUUUGAAAGUUCAAAUUGAAGUAGACUGUAAGCAUUUGAAGGGGAAACAUGGAUGUGUUUAAAGUAAAACGGACUAUAAAACAGAAGUAGUACCUUUUAGCUUUAUCCUACAAUGUUAUCCUCAUAACUGUUGUUUGAUACUUUGUGAAUUUAGUAUCAGGUGUGAAGUGCUGUAUCAGGACAUUUGUGCAAUAUAUGGUUAGUCAGUAACCCCCUAAAAUUUC